AGGUUGGAGAAAGAAGAAGAUAAGAGAGUGUGGCACAGAGUUUUAUCCUCUCCACUUUCUUCACUGUAUAUCUCCGACAAUGGCGAUUGCUAUGGCGGUUGUUUCUUUCCCAUCUUUACUCCAAAAAGCAACAUUAUCCUCUUCACUGUUCACUCCAACUUUCCUCCCAACGAAAUCCUCUUCCCUCCUCACAAAAUCAUCUCCCAAAACCAAACGACCUUUCGUGGUCUCAAUGUCCAUGGAAGCUGGAAUCGGCGUGAUGGGUUCAAAGCUCGGGAUGAUGAGUUUCUUCGAAGCAGACGGAACCGUGGUUCCAGUAACCGUCGUCGGAUUCCGCGAAGGCAACAUCGUUACCCAAAUCAAAACCCUAGCCACCGACGGAUACGACGCCGUUCAAGUCGGGUACCGUCGCGUCCGCGACAAGAAGCUGACUAAACCGGAAACCGGUCAUCUCCAAAAAGCCGGUGUAAUCCCGAUGAGACAUCUCCAGGAAUUCAGGCUAACAAACGUCGAGGGAUUCGAGGCGAAUCAGAAGCUCGUCUUCGACGAGAUUUUCAAAGAAGGAGAUCUCGUUGAUGUAGCUGGAACAACGAUUGGGAAAGGGUUUCAAGGAGGAAUCAAAAGGCAUCACUUUAAGAGAGGUCAGAUGACUCAUGGUUCAAAGAGUCAUCGAGCUUUGGGAUCGAUCGGUGCCGGAACUACGCCGGGAAGGGUUUACAAAGGGAAGAAGAUGCCUGGAAGAAUGGGAGGGACCAAGACGAAGAUUAGGAAGCUCAAGAUUGUUAAAGUUGAUAAAGAUUUGAAUGUUGUUAUGAUCAAAGGAGCUUUGCCUGGUAAGCCUGGGAAUCUUCUCCGUAUUACUCCGGCCAAAAUCGUCGGAGUUAAUAUUCCCAAAAACUAGUGCAGAGAUGUUGCUAUGUGUUUUCUUUUGACUUGUUAAAUUUGUGUAUUCGAAGUUGCGGAAUUUAUGGAUUUUGAGUUGAAAUUUGUAAUACAAUUGCUAAAUCACUGUUACCUGUUUAGAA